AUUAUUUUUGUUCUUUUAUUCUUAAACAUAUUUUAGGAACAUGAACUUGUGGCAUAAUGUGAUUUGAAAGAACUUUGGAAGGGUUAACCAUAAUCUGAAUUACUCUGAAAUCAAAGCCUUUGAGAUUGUUUUAUUUAUUUGGGUUGCAGAAUAAAUUUAAAAUGUAAAUUUCAGUGAAAUUAAAUCAAAUAUUGUGUCUUUGUGUCUGAGUGGAUGUGUUAUAUGAUAUAUUUUGAUCAGUUUAAUAAUAGGAGAGCAGACCUGUGAGCAGACAGUUGCUGGUUGAAACCCCCCAGACUAUCUGUAAAAGUGUGGGUAUAGCACACUCUUGUCUGUUGAUAUAGGCUGCUAUAGGUUGAUAUAGUCAGGGUUCCCUACAGAAAGAAUAUGAAUAGCCUAUGUGUGCCAUGAAUAUGCUGUAAAACAAUGUCCACUGGAUAAUGAUUAAAGUAAAACAUUGGAUACAAAUUAACAAUACAAAACUCUUGAAAAAACACAAUGUAGUCAACGAUAAGGCAAUAAGGCAUUAACUGUGUAAAAAAAAAAAAAAAAAGCUAAAAGCUCCACUGGCCCUCUGAGAAAGAUGACUAUCAUAACAAAGGAGAACCUGCUGGCUUUGCGAACUUCCUGUGGGGAAGUAUUGAAACCAAAUCAGGUUAGGCCACAUCUGCUCUGUCCAUACGGCAUGGAUCACUUUCAGAGCAGUUCAAAGGCCAGCCUUUUAGACCUACUCACAGAGGAAGGAGAGGGGCAGCUGGGAACACAUGCAGACACGUUGUAAACACACAUUCUAGUUUACCAGCAUAGUUUUGGCCAAGUUUUAUAGACAAUUUAGAAAAAUAUCCCCAAUCUGGUGCUUAUAAUUAUUAGCUUCUGUCUCAUCAGGGGUGGAGAACCCCCUGGGUUCUCCACCCCUGAUGAGCAGCCGCACCCUAAACCCCUGAUGAUUUUACUCCUACAGAAGUAGACCCCCUUUUCAUGACACAGCUAUGGAACUAACAUUAUCAGCAGGCAGGGAGGAGGACCAUAAAAUGACUGCACCACAAUUUAUAGUUUUAACAGCUCCACUAGUGGUGUGUGUCAUAAUGGUUACAAGAAAAACCACUAGUCUGGCUAGAUCUUGAGGAAUUUCCAACAUCCUUUGAUUUUGCUUUUUCUGUUGCAAGUUGAUAGACUCAACUACUGGAGUGAGUAUAGGCUAUAGAGUAGAGAACAUGACUAGACCCAGAGCUCUUAAAGAGGGUAGGCCUACUCCAGUAAUUUAGUGUUGCACUUUCAAAAAGUUGGGACACUUGCGAAAAAAAGAAUGGUCAAAAUCGAUGCAUCUUAAGUCACCAUUAUGGGUGAAGCUCCAAAACCACUGGAUCCUACACUUUGCAUAAUGCAACUCAAUAGCAUCAUAGGGCCUUCAUGCCUGGUAAAUGCCAAUGUCGCUCAAACUCUACAUCCCCAGUCCCAAUCCAAGAUAAUCCUGAUGACAUCAUUAAAGUUAUUUUCUCAGAUUUACAGGGAGCUCGUCCCAAGCCACAGAAGAUGCCUACAAGUGUUUUCACAGACUGAGUAUGCUACUGCCCCUAUAUACAAUUAUACAUGGGUUUCAUGUGCAAAUUCUGUGGAGGGACUCUUACGACCCUUAAUUAAGAUGAAUUUUCAGUGUGUGUGUGUGUGUGUGUGAGAUCUUGUCUUUCAGAGAGUGUCCAUAUAGGCUGCAGCACAGUGGGCUAAACCAAAGAGCUGACCAAAAUGACUGAUUAGUGACUACAGAGGACAAGCAUGUCCAGCUCCAUAUCUUUAUGUUCCUCCUCCCACGCCCUUUCUGUCUUUGACAGCUGAGAGUCCUUUGGACUAAAGCUUCAAAAACAACCAUCACGUUGUUAUUGAAGAAGCCAGAGCCCGGGGUGGUAGCACAGGCUCCAAAGGAAAAAAAAGUCAGUUUUCUUGCCCCUUUUUACCCCUGUGGGAAACUGCGAGACCGCCCCUGGAUUAAGUCCCCGCCUUUAAACUCAAAUAAGAAGGAAACUUCAAAGGACGUCGGCCGCCGGGGCUCCGCCCUCGCGCUCCAGAACGGCUUCACAAAGGAUUUGCCGACGUUCGGGAAUUCCGCCUCCAGUUCCUUUUAUAGCGCCACUCGUGCGCUGGCAGCGCUCCAAGAUCCCGCCCAUCCCGGUUACUUUGACAACACAAAGGACUUCACGGAACUCGCAGGCGCCGCCUACCUUUCCAAAUAAGGGCAGUCUCUCCAUGAACGGCAAACAAUCGGUGCGAGAUUGCCUCUUUCUCUUCCUUAUCCCGUUUAUAUGAUCGGAGAGGAACUGCGCUUCAGGUUGGAAGCGGUGCGAUCAUGGCCGAGCGAGUCCAGCAGCCCCCAGCCAAGCGGCUCUGCUGCAGGCCCGGCUACAACCCGGCAUGCAGGCAGGGGCAGCGGGCUGGAGGAGUCCUGUGUGGCGGCGCAGGGUCCGCUCCGGGAGGGUCGGGGAAUGGAAAAACGCACAACCCCGAGUCGUUGCUCGACAUCGCGGCACGCAGAGUCGCGGAGAAGUGGCCGUUCCAGAGGGUGGAGGAGCGGUUCGAGAGGAUCCCAGAGCCCGUCCAGCGGAGGAUCGUAUACUGGUCAUUCCCGAGAAGCGAGAAGGAGAUCUGUAUGUACUCCUCUUUCAACGCCGGAGGAGAGGAAAGUGGAACUAGUGGGGACAAUAAUGACGAGACCCAGCUGCCUUUCCUACGGGGUGUCACUCUGCUAGAGGGUGGCUGGGUGGACAACGUAUUACAAGUCGGUUUCCAUCUCAGCGGCACGGUGACGGACCCCGCCACACCCUCAUCCCCAGAGCUUGUUUGCAGCGUCAGCGUCAGCUUCGACCGCUGCAAGAUCACGGCGGUAACAUGCACCUGUGGCAACAAAGACAUCUUCUACUGUGCCCAUGUAGUGGCACUGUCGCUUUACCGAGUACGGAAGCCCGAGCAGGUCAAACUGCACCUGCCCAUCUCAGAAACCCUGUUCCAGAUGAGUAGAGACCAGCUGCAGAAGUUCGUCCAGUAUCUGAUUUCAGUCCACCACACCGAAGUGUUGCCUACCGCGCAGAAACUGGCCGACGAGAUUCUGUCGCAGAACUCUGAGAUCAACCAGGUCCACGGGGCCCCGGACCCCACAGCAGGAGCCAGUGUGGACGAUGAGAACUGCUGGCAUCUGGAUGAGGAGCAGGUUCAGGAGCAAGUCAAGCUCUUCUUGUCCCAGGGAGGAUACCACGGCUCGGGCAAGCAACUCAACCUGCUCUUCAGCAAGGUGAGGGAGAUGCUGAAGAUGCGUGACUCCAACGGAGCGAGGAUGUUAACACUGAUCACAGAACAGUUCAUGGCCGACCCUCGGCUGGCGCUGUGGAGACAGCAGGGCACCACCAUGACCGACAAGUACAGACAGCUCUGGGACGAGCUGGGUGCCCUGUGGAUGUGCAUUGUACUGAACCCCCACUGCAAACCAGAGCAGAAGUCAUCAUGGCUGCGCCAGCUGCGCAGAUGGAACAGCGUGGACGUCUGCCCUUGGGAGGACGGUAACCAUGGCAACGAGCUGCCCCACCUCACCCACUCACUGCCUCAGGGUGCCCAUGGCAACCAAGAGAUGCGCCCCCACAGGACUGUGUUCACACGGGCCAUUGAGGCCUGUGACCUGCACUGGCAGGACCGACACCUCCAGCACAUUAUCGCCAGUGACCUCUAUGCCAACUACUGUUACCAUGACAACCAAGAGGGCUCCCUCUUUGACUCACGUGGCUGGCCCUUGUGGCAUGAACAUGUCCCAACGGCCUGUGCCAGGGUGGAUGCCCUGCGUUCGCACGGUUACCCAAGAGAAGCCCUCCGACUGGCCAUUGCCGUGGUGAACACAUUACGACGGCAACAGCAGAGGCAACUGGAGCACUUCCGCCGACACAAGAAAGAGUUGCUCCAUAAAGGCCAUACCUCCAUAACCAACAUGGAGGGCUGGGUGGGACACCCUCUGGAUCCCAUCGGUACCCUGUUCAACACCCUGACAGAGUCAGGACGAAUGGGAGAGGAGGGCUCCAACACCUGCUUAGACCUCUCAGACUGCUCCAGUGUUGUAAGCCGAGCAGACCUCCAGCGAAUGCCUGUGCAGCGAUUGCUAGGAGACGGUGAAUCGUACAUGGCACUGGCGGUGGAGACGGCUCUGAUUGGCUUAGGCCAGCAGCGGGUGAUGCCUGACGGGCUGUACGCUCAAGAGAAGGUUUGUCGCAACGAAGAGCAGCUAUUGGCCAAGCUGCAGGAAGUGGAACUGGACGACUCCCUGGUCAAAAUCUUCCGUAAACAGGCUGUCUUUCUGCUAGAGGCUGGUCCAUACUCUGGCCUUGGAGAGAUCGUCCACAGAGAGAGUGUUCCCAUGCACACCUUCGCCCGCUAUCUCUUUACCUCUCUCCUACCUCACGACGCUGAACUGGCGUACAAAAUUGCACUGAGAGCCAUGCGGUUGCCCGUGUUGGAGUCGGCGGCCUCAUCUGGUGACCUGUCACGACCCCAUCACAUCGUGUCCGUGGUGCCCAACCGCUACCCGCGCUGGUUCACCCUGAGCCACAUAGAGUCUCAGCAGUGUGAGCUGGCCUCCACCAUGCUCACUGCUGCCAAAGGUGACAGUCGGAGGCUGGAGACAGUCCUGGAGUCGAUCCAGAAAAACAUUCACUCCUCGUCUCACAUCUUCAAACUGGCACAAGAUGCGUUCAAGAUCGCCACUCUGAUGGACAGCCUGCCUGACAUCACACUUCUCAAAGUCUCUCUGGAGCUGGGACUGCAGGUCAUGAGAAUAACUCUGUCCACGUUAAACUGGAGGAGGAGAGAGAUGGUGCGCUGGUUAGUCACAUGUGCCACUGAAGUGGGUGUGUACGCACUGGACAGCAUCAUGCAGAGCUGGUUCACCCUCUUCACCCCCACAGAAGCCACCAGUAUCGUGGCCACCACUGUCAUGUCCAACAGCACUAUCGUCCGCCUCCACCUGGACUGCCACCAGCAGGAGAACCUGGCUUCAUCUGCCCGCACCCUCGCCCUGCAGUGUGCUAUGAAGGACCCCCAGAACUGCGCUCUCUCUGCUCUUACACUCUGUGAAAAGGACCACAUUGCCUUCGAGACAGCCUACCAGAUUGUACUGGAUGCGGCAGCAACAGGGAUGAGCUACACACAGCUGUUCACUAUAGCACGCUACAUGGAACACCGCGGUUACCCGAUGAGGGCCUAUAAGCUGGCGACAUUAGCCAUGGCUCAUCUGAACCUUAGUUACAACCAGGACACACACCCUGCCAUCAACGACGUGCUGUGGGCCUGCGCGCUCAGCCACUCGCUGGGGAAAAACGAGCUGGCUGCCGUUAUCCCCCUUGUGGUGAAGAGCGUGAAGUGCGCCACCGUGCUCUCGGACAUUUUGCGGCGGUGUACGCUGACCACGCCGGGUAUGGUGUCUGCGCUGCACAGCCGCAGGAACUCUGGAAAGCUGAUGUCCCUGGACAAGGCGCCACUCAGGCAGCUGCUGGACGCAACCAUUGGGGCCUACAUCAACACCACACACUCGCGGCUCACACAUAUCAGCCCGCGCCACUACAGCGAGUUCAUCGAGUUCCUGGGGAAGGCCCGGGAGACUUUUAUGAUGGCUCACGACGGACACAUUCAGUUCACCCAGUUCAUAGACAACCUGAAACAGAUCUACAAGGGUAAAAAGAAACUAAUGAUGCUGGUGAGGGAGAGGUUUGGCUGAGGGUGAGGUUGAGGGUCGCCAAAAGCUCCCCUCCCACUCUAGAACUUUUCUAUUAACUUGAGUCUGCCUUUUGAACUUCUUUUGGACUUAUAAAAUAGACAAGUAAAAAGAGGGAUGUGACUUGUAGAAUGAAGCAAAAAGAGAAAGGAAAAGAUGACAAAAAAAUCAACAGAGCCACACGCGGUAUUAUUGUUCUUGCUGUUGUUAUUGUUAUAAACAUUAUUACUAUUAUUAUUAUUAUUAUUAUUAUUAAUAAUAUUAUUACUACUAUGUGUACAGAAGUGUUUUUAUUUUUCAGAAGAGAGGAAAUUUGUCACGUUGUGAAUGUUGUGUGUAUUUCUCUACGUGUGUGCGAGAGGAAAAUGAAAAGUGAAAUGGCUUUUUUAAAAUUUUUGUUCCUUUUAUUUUUAUGAUUUAAAGCAUCUUUUUCCCUUUUUUCAGUGUAUAUUGAGUUAUAUGUUGUCAAGUGGCUGAAGCCCUUCUACAAUAGCGCUCAUGUAAAAACAAAAAACAAGAAGAAGAAAAAAAAAAAAAAACGUCUCGGCAUCCUCAAAGAGAAACUAAGGCUUUAAACCACACAGAGCACCUCCCUCUGUCCAGGCCCUCACCGGUGGGCGCUGGGCAGCACUGCACAGCUUAGCUCGGCUCGGCUCAGCACAGCUUGGGUUAGCACUGACAGAAAGCCGCCAUCAGCAUUUCUUUAGGCACAGCAGUAGCAGCAGCAGCAGCACUUGAGCAGCCAUUAGUUUUCUCUGGGUCCCAGGCAUUAGCUUCAUUACACACAACAAUGCUCUUAGCUAACUCGUGUUGUUGUUAUUGUUGUAAUCUUCCCCACCUCCAUAAUGAGCACCUGUUUCAGACAGAGGACAGUAUGCAGGCGCUACAGUGAUGGCACAUUAGACAAAGAUAAGUAUUAUUGUUACAUUAAUUUAAUGUAGUACAGCUGUGAUUUUUAACAGCCUAUGGUUGACUAAAUAACCGUUACAGUUGAGUUUUCUAGUUGAAGUAGAUACCCAGAGGGAGACGACUACCUCAUGAUACGGUAUUGAACCUGCUCCCAUUUUUUUGCUAUCAUGAUAUUUAUCAUCUAUGAUAGCUGACAGUGUUAAUUAAACAGGAGAUUCACUAGUGAGACCAAGGUUAUGAGGAGAUGUGGAGUCAGAUUCCUGCUGAGGUGUUUCUGCGCUCGGCUCUGCUGUACGUCACUGCCCUGGCAUCAGUACUUAACACCCCCAAAAUUGGCUCUAACACACUUAGAUGUGUCAGUAUGUCAGUCCCCUCUCAUCUCUACAGCCACCAUUGUACGAUAUUUUCAGACUAGGCCAGUGUCAUUUCCCUCUGUGCAUGUGAAUCAUAGAAAUUAGACUUUCUACUGUUAUAGUUCAUUGUGUGGAACCUUCAGUAAUUGUCAACCAGAACGUUCUCAGGGAUUUCUCUACACAGGAAAAAGGCGGAACAAAUGAACGACUGACUACAGGAAAAAGACAAAAACAUGACACAACAUGAGCGAGCAUUUAUUGUACUCUGUAUAUAUGCCAUAGUAUAUGUCUGAAUAUGGAGGAUCUGAAAGUAUAUGUUAACUAAUUUAUACAGAGUAUUCUAUGUAAUGUGAAAUACUUGAAGCCGCUGUAGUUUGCUCUCUCUCUCUUCUCUCUUUUGUCUUCUCUUUUUUUCUCUUUUGUUGAAAACAGAACAUAUCAGAAGGACUAGACUGACCUUGUUGACGGCUUUUUGGACUCACAAGGCCUCAUGUGUUCAUACUUGAGACGCUGGAUCCCAUCAGAAAUGCAGGUUGAGUCAAAUUGUGAUGGUGGAGAGAACAUUGUUGUUCAUUCCUGCUGACUAAAGCAUAGAAAGGGGAUGGAGGUAGACUACUUCAGGCCAUUGGUGGAUAAAUGUUAAAAAACACAAUACAGAAUUUCUUGAAGUACUUAAUUAUGCAUGUAAGCUGUUGCACUAGCCUAGUUUUCCAUAGGAUCCUAUGGGGAAAAACUAUAAUGUGCUUUAUACAGGAGCUAAUUGGAGAUGAAUCUGGUAAAAAAAAAAAAUCAUGUAUUCUGUGUCUAGCCUUACAUGCAUUUAAGGACAUCUCUUGGCUGAAGUCUGUCUCAUUUUGCAGUAAUAUAACCCUUGUCAGAGUAACUUAAUAGUUGUGCAACUCAACAAGACUCACAUUCAUAAUUAUGCACAGGUUCAAUCUAGCUAAGAUUAAAAAACGAGUCUCCUCAGUUCUCCCUUUCAUUCACAGCAGAAUUUCCAGUGUCUCCUCUGCAAUGUUCAGCUGUCCUAUCAUUACUUGCCUUUUUACCGUCUUUACAUGUCUGAUUUUUCUUUUUCUGUGCAUCUUUUUCUAUCUUGUGUUCAUUAAAGAUAAAAGCAGCCUUUUCUCUUGCCUUGUCUUAACGCUUUAAAGUAACCAAACAGGAGAUCUAUCUAACAACCAAACGCGUUCUAAGAGGUGAGAAACAACCCACCUUGGUCCCAGCUUUAGUGUCCUUAAUUAGUAAGUGAAUGGCUGUGUAACUCAUGCUUUAACAAAGCAAUUCCUCACGUGUGUUUGGUGAAAAAAUACGUUGUCCAGUGUCUCUUCUCUUCAGAAACAAUUUCCUCUGAGUCUUUCUAGCUGGGUUUUUUUUAGUUUAGUUUUUUUUAGUUUUGUUUUGUUUGUGUAGGAAUCUUCUGCUCUCCCAUUUUAUUUAUUACAAUGACACAUGUAUACAUGCUUAUGAAAUUAAGAUUUGAUACACCGAUAUCAAUUUAUUUAUGUAACUAAAUCACUGUUUUAUAAUCUUGUUAAUGAGUCAAUAAUUGAUUUUUUUUGUUUUUGUUUUUUGUUUUAAUAAAAGUUAGUUUUUUGAAAUGUA